AUGACGCCCUUCCUGUGGGGUUCUAUUUCAGGAAAUGCUUGGAGGGCUGAGAUCGAGCUGCGAUUCCCCAGAGAGAAUUUCCAGGUUCGUCUUCGAGAUGUGGGGAGUGCUCCCCGAUGCGAGGAGUGCUCCCCGAUGCCGGGAGUGCUCCCCGAUGCCGAGUACAUCGGCGCCUUCAGUUAUAUUCAUAUAGUUUCCAGAAAACCUGCAAAGAUGAAAAAGUUGAAGGAAAUCAAACCGGUGGUGCAUUGUGAUAUAAAUGUGCCUUCCAGGUGGCAGACCUUCCAUCAUCUAUCCCGACGCAUAAGCGUUUUCACGAAUGGAAAGUUACUUCUCCCUCCCGUCCGAGUCAUCAUACCCAGGCCGAGACUGGCAGAGUGGGAGAGCGUGCUGGCCACGAUCAACGAGAAGGUCUUCCCUCUGGGGGGCGUGCGGAGGCUGUUCACGAUGAACGGGCAUCUUCUGGACAACGCCAAGGAUCUGCAGGACCAGCACUUCUACGUCGCCGCAGGACUGGAGGCCUUCAAGAGCCUCCCGUACUGGGAGUGCCCUGGGGUGGACCCUGGGGCGCAGCAAAAGUCCACGGACACGGAGAAAAACUCACAAAAGAAGAAAGAGGAUGCCAAAGGAGGAAAACCUCAUGAGCAUGGCCGCGUUCCCCUGAAAGCGCAGGAAUCUGUUUUUUACGCCAAAAAGAGAAAGAAGAAAAGGCCAGCAAAGCCUUUAGUCCACAGCCGGGCAGAAGGCGACGUGUACAAAGCCCAGAGUCCUCACCUGGAGACCCAGGGAGCGUCAGAGGUCCUGGAGGAGCAGGACGAGCAGGUGCAGGUGCCUGUGGACCAGUGGGUGUUUGCUGCGCGCCGUGGCAUCGCGCUGCCGGUCGGGUGCUUGAGCGUAGAGAUCGAGUCCCGGAAGUGGCAGUGA